AUGGGCUACUCGGUGACCAAAGCCGCCGCUUUGCACCUGAUGAAGCAUCUUGCAUUAUCCGUGGGACCAAAAAUCCGUGUCAAUGCUGUUCUACCGGGCCUGUUGUUGACGGAUUGGGGCAAAAAGUACGGCGACACGGCGAUUGAGUGGCUCAACCAAAAGGCCGUCUUAAAGCAUGAGACCGACCUGGAGGAUUGCGCGAAUAUGUUUGUCACUUUGGCGAAGAAUACAUCCAUGACUGGGCAACAGAUUGUCGUUGAUUCGGGACUCUCCAUGGGAACUCCUCCCAGCAAAUAG